AUGAAUGAUAUCUUCCCAGCGUCUGGUCCCAUUAGUUCCUCAGAGGGUGUUCCACAACCGGAUGGGACAAGGUUCACGGUCGAAGGCACGCCCCGGGCGCCUUACAGCGAGGAUCUGGUUGACCUGCUACAGGUUCACUGCAAUAUGAAGCGACAAUGA